AUUACCAUGAGCGAUUUUUUUAGAAAAAGAUUAGUCAUAGUGUAUGACGUUUUCGAUAAUCAUUUUGACGUGAAAGAUCACAUCAUAGAAAGAUUACAUCAUAGACAUCAGUUUAGAACACGACGACGAGGUGAAAUUAACCUCAAGUAAAAUUAAAUAAUAUUCUGGUAUUUUUAAUAUAAUUGUUAUGUAGGGAGAUGUUGAGCAUGAAGUGUAAAACCAUUAAUCCAAUAGGAACUUUAUUAUGUAGAACAUAUACAUCAAAUCUUAUAUUCGUCCCAAAAUGUGAACCUGUAAAAGAUACAGAUUUAUCAAUGUUAAAGGAUUUUAUCAACAGUCACAAUAACAUGUGUAUAUUAACAGGAGCAGGAAUAUCCACAGAAAGUGGGAUUCCUGAUUAUAGAUCAGAAGGUGUUGGCCUUUAUGCGCGAAGCAAUCGCAGACCAGUUCUUUACAGAGACUUUUGCAAUAGUGCUGACAUUAGGAGGCGAUAUUGGGCCAGGAAUUACGUAGGUUGGCCAAGAUUCUCUUCAAUUAAGCCGAAUAGUACGCACCAAAUAUUAAAAAAACUAGAGGACUUGAACAAAGUAAGAUGCGUCGUCACUCAAAAUGUAGAUAAUUUGCACACAAAAGCAGGUAGCAGAAAAGUGAUAGAAUUACAUGGAACAGCUUUUAAAGUAAUGUGCCUUAGUUGUAAUGAAAGAAUAUGCAGAUAUUAUUUGCAGGAGAUCUUUGAUAAGAUAAAUCCAAAUAUGACUGCAACCAGCCAAAUGAUAAGGCCUGACGGAGAUGUGGAUUUAUCACAGGAGCAGGUGGAGGGAUUUCAAGUUCCAUCGUGUGAAAACUGCGGUGGUGUUCUUAAGCCAGACAUCAUCUUUUUUGGAGACAAUGUUCCGCGUCAGGUUGUAGAAAGUGUUAGAUAUAAUAUCGAGCAUUCAGACUCUCUGCUAAUUUUGGGCACAACACUAACUACUUUUUCUGGCUAUCGAAUAGCGUUGCAAGCUAGCCAUGCCAAAAAGCCGAUAGCUAUAUUAAACAUUGGGAAAACCAGAGCGGACGAUCUCGCAGAAAUUAAAAUGAAGGGCAGAUGUGGCGACGUUUUGGCGAGGAUUUACUCAAUGAUGGAUCAGUGCGAGAAAUGUACGAAACGUUAAUUAAAAAACAGAGAGUAAUU